GGGAGGAAGGGGAGGUGGAGGCACGAACAUGGUAAUCUGCCGUCGGCAGAAGGCUAGCCGUGCGGAGUGGAGGAAAAAAAGAGCCGGAAAAAAGUUUGCGCGGAGAGAGGUCGAUUUAAAACCGAGCGAAGUGUUUCGACAGAGGCGGAGAGGUGCUCGUCGGGCUCUUCGCCCCACUUUUGGAUUUACGACAUGGACGCUUUGAAAUCCGCCGGGAGGGCAAUUAUACGGAGCCCCAGCAUCGCGAAGCAGUCCUGGGGAUCAGGGAAACAUAAAAAGCUUCCGGAGAACUGGACAGACACGAGAGAAACCCUGCAGGAGGGCAUGGUGUUCCACCUCAAGUACCUGGGGGUCACGAUGGUUGAGCAGCCCAAAGGAGAGGAGCUGUCUGCAGCAGCUGUCAAGAGGAUAGUGGCUACGGCCAAAGCAAGUGGAAAAAAACUCCAGAAAGUCACGUUAUCCGUCUCCCCUCGUGGAAUCAUCCUUUACGACAGUGCCUCAAACCAGCUGAUAGAAAACAUCUCCAUAUACAGAAUAUCAUAUUGCACUGCGGACAAAAUGCACGACAAAGUGUUCGCCUACAUCGUCCAGAGCCAACACAACGAGACUCUCGAGUGCCAUGCCUUCCUCUGCUCCAAGAGAAAAAUGGCCCAGGCGGUAACGCUGACCGUGGCUCAGGCGUUCAGGGUGGCGUUUGAAUACUGGCAGACCGCCAAGGAAGAAAAAGAGAAACGAGCGAAGUCGGGUUCAGACGGGGAAGGAGCCAGCAACUCCCAGUCGGACAGCUCGGCCAGCCUGGGCAGCCUGAAGGGAGGAGAAGUAGCCACCGGGAAACUUCUGGAUUUGGCGGAAGGAGCCAACAUGGGGCUGGUCCACUCAGGAACAAAGCAAUCUGAAUCGGAUCCCUUUACGGUGCAUAAUCACGCAACAGAGAACAACAAUAUUGUAUGGGAGUUGGAGGACGGUCUGGACGAGGCUUUCUCAAGCCGCAGUCUGGAUAGCUUUGAAUCCUACUCAGACUCGCUGAGUCUCGCACUAACCCCCAGGUCCUGGACAUUGGGGUAAACCCUCAGGACUUGAACUCUGAAGAGUGCCUGUCCCCAGGCAAAUGGGACCAAGAGGAGACGGACUUCACAGCACAAAAAGACACGUUCGGGUUCUAGUGUGAAGCCUCUGCCAAGAAGGGAAACCCAGGGAGAGAUGAGGAGGAAUGACGGUAGAAGUGAAGUGAUGACAUCUUGAAAGCUCCCCAGCUCCUCCCUGCUGCUCUCGCUGCUGCAGUCUACAGGCUCUCUGAUGGUUCUUCAUCCACGCGACCAGAGACGGACAACGUGGGCAGGCUGCUCGCAGAACAGGCCAAAGCAAUACAAAGCAGCGUCUCCCUUUCCGACGGAAAACAUGCAGUUACUCAAUGUUGGUUACAGUCAGUGUGUGACUUCUUUUUUGUGUCUGUUUACCCAUUCACGGUUGGUAAUGUGUUUGUGGUAUGUGCUCGUGUACAUUGCGUUACAGAAAGCGUGUGUGUGUGUGUGUGUGUGUUGUGUGCGCGGAUGUACGGUAUAUGAAUUUACAAACUAAAAUACGAGAACCAUGAAAUGAAUGGAGAUUGGAAGGUCAACAAGGAGUGCUGUUUACUAUUUGAUUUACUUAGAGACAGAGAAAUGAAACAGGAUUAGAGGGAAAGUCACCAGUGAAUGUCACCAAUGCACCAGUUCCUACACUGGCUGAAGCACUUACGUUACUACCUAUGUGCUUCAAGACUUCAGCCUUUCGUAGGGCAACAAAAGCUUUAAAAAAAAUAUGUGUGUGCAUGUGUUGGUCAGAGAGCGUUUGCGUGAAAAAUGGAUGAGAACAAAGUGACAAUCUUAUUUUUUUUCUACUGCAAAAUCUAUUUUUGCACUCAGCAGUCAUCAUUAAAAGCACACAUUUCAUUUAAGGGAAUUAAAUGUCAAUAAGCAUCCAAGUCGUUAUUUAGGCUUAUAUAUAUAUAUACAGUGCCUCUAUUCACUCUUCUCCUUCAACUUUAAAAAGCUUUUUACAGCUUUAACUCAUCGUGCUCAAAGUUAGAUUCCCGAUGCUUAUUGGUUAUUGACAUGCGGAUUAAAAUGUUGCAUCUCACAAGAUUGACCAACCCUGGAGAGAAGUAUAAAACUCCACAUAACACUUUUGACUCAAGGAUUAGUAUUGAUGGUAAAGUGGAAGAAGGUGGAGAGUUUUGUUACACUUCAACACAACUUUUAACAGGUCAACUCAUAGAUUCACAGUCGUAAAACAAACCAGGCAGUCCAACAGGAUCAAGGUGUAUCAGCACUCGCCCCUAUAUGUUCUUUUAUGUUGUACUGACAUUCAUAGUUUACUGUUUUGUUUGCAUUUAAUUUUUUUUCCCCAAGGGAUUUUCCCAGUGUUACUUCUGACAUUUGUUCAUGUAUGAAUUUUAUUUAAUUCAUUAAUUUACACAAAUUCCAAUAAAAUCUAAUUGUGUUUGUUUA